AUGGCCCUCUGCAGACGAGGAGGAGCUCUGAUCAUCAAAUCAUUCCCAUCUUCUUCUUCUCCUAGAUCUCUCAUAACAUCGUCUUCUUCGUAUUAUUCUUCUCAUCUAUCUCGUCCUGUUGCUGCCUUAACUGAGUUCACGAAUCGGUUUCCAAUUCUUUCUGCUGCCAGUUUGUCAACACAUGCUGCUGCUACUACUACAAGAUCAUUAUCAUCUGUGAAUCAUCGACAAUCAGACCGAAAAUAUAGUCGCCAUAAAGACACUGAUUGGCUGCCUGGUUGUGAUUUGAAACAUUGGCUCGUCGUUAUGGAAAAACCAGAAGGAGAACCUUCUAGAGAUGAACUCAUCGAUACUUAUAUCAAAACACUCUCCAAGUAUGCUUUGCCUGGAGUGCGCUGGGUCCUCCCUGAUUCUUACAUGGAUGAAGAAAAUAAAGAUUAUGGAGGGGAGCCUUUCAUCAAUGGAAAAGCUGUUCCUUAUGAUCCCAAAUACCAUGAGGAAUGGAUUCGUAACAACAACAACAAACAACGCGCCAGAGAAAGGGACAGGCAACGUAACUCGUCACCUGGAGGAGAUGUGCAGCCUAAUACGGGAGGGCCACCUGAAGAUUUUAACAGCAAUGGGAAGUAUCAGUUGGGCCGUGCAACAAUUGUAGAUAAUUGA